AUGGUGCUCCCUACAGAACAAGAGCAACUGAUUUCAAGCCUCGUGGCAGCUCUUCGCACCUUACAGCCAACCACUACUUCGCUCGAUCCGUUUUCCGAAGGAUCGGAGACUAUGGCAAACUUUUUUGUACGUUUGGAAAACUUCUUCGCUUUACGCCAGAUUCCUGCGGAUCCUGAAGGUGCUACAACUUCAGUAAGAGUACAAAACUUAAUUAAUUACAUUGGCGCUAAAUACGUUUCGACUGUCUACAAUGUCUGUGCUCCGGUGAUACCUGAAAAGAAGAAGUACUCAGAUGUUAAACAGCUUCUUAUCAACCACUUCGAUAAGCCGGUCAACGAAGUGGUAGAGCAACAUCGCUUCAUGUUACGUGUCCAAAGCGAUACAGAAUCAGUUAAUCAGUUUGUUACAGAACUGAAACGCCAAGCCGCUUUAUGCAAUUUUACGUGCGGUCAUUGUACUAAACCUACAAGCGAGCUACAUCUACGAGCACAAUUUAUUCGAGGUAUUCGUGAUAGCGACACACGAAGAGAAUUACUACAGAAAGGUGGUAGCGAAUCUACCACUACUUUCACCUUCGAUAAAGCAGUCGAGUAUGCCGUUGCAGCUGAAUCGUCCAAACUUGGCAACGAUGUAAUUCAAAAUUCUCAUUUCAACGCCUCAACUUCCGGACCAAAACCUGUUAACAAGCUUCAAGUAAAUAAAAAUAAAUCCACCAGGCCAUUUUCACAGCUCCGGGGAUCUUGUUUUCGAUGCGGUGAUAAAGAUCACCGAGCAGACAAAUGCCCUCAUUCUAAAGAAGUCUGCUCAUUCUGCAAUAAAGUUGGGCAUAUUACGAAGGUUUGUCAACUUAAACUACGGCGUAAUAAAUCAAAUUCAGGUCGCGGAGGUCACAGUGGACGAGGUGGCCGUUCGAAACGUCCGUAUUAUCGCCAAAAUAUUCCUAAUACCGGUGCAACGAACCCUACGAAUCCGAACGAAGUAAAUUAUUUCGAUUUUCACGUUCUUAACCUACAAUGCAACUCGAAUUCGAAUAAUUCCGAUAAGAUACUUCUCAACUUCGAUAUUGGUAAUAAAAAUAAGCAGCUUGAACUCGAUACCGGCGCAGCUGUUACUACUUUACGUGUAUCUGUUAUCAGAGAGUUGAUUCCUGGUAUAAAAAUACUUCCAACUACUGAUAAGCUUAGAUCUUUCGAUGGCACUAUUAUUGAUCCGAUCGGUGUUGUGAAUCUUUUCGUCAAGUAUAAAUCGAAUGCUGAAAACCUAACAGCUUACAUUGUGCCAAAUUCUCAUCCUGAAGUUGUUGGGCGUACGUGGAUAAAAGCGUUUCGAAUAUUACCUCCUGAGUUGCUGGAAAUUAAUACUGUUUCAACCGAGGUGAAUUAUACUGACGAAAUUAAGAAGUUGAUUCGCGAAUAUUCAGAUUUAUUUUCCGGUGGAUAUGGCAAAAUUCCUAAUUUUCAAUGCUCACUACGUUUGAAAGAUAAUGCUGUACCUGUAUUUAUGAAGCCUAGAACUUUGCCAUAUGCCAUAAAACCAUUAGUCGAAGCUGAAAUUGAGAAAUUACUUGCCCAAGGCAUACUUUCACCUGCUAAACACCCUACUUGGGGAACACCAAUUGUACCUGUUAUCAAUUCAAAAGGUGCUUUACGAAUUUGCGGUGACUACAAGGUAACAAUCAAUAAGUACCUGAUUGCUGAAAAGUAUCCGAUUCCGAACGUCGAGGAAAUGUUUAGUAAACUUGCCGGUGGUACUCACUUCGUUUCGCUCGAUAUUUUCAGAGCUUAUUUCUGCAUGGUUGUAGAUGAGCUAAGUGCUAUAUUACAGUGCCUUAGUACUCAUUUAGGCGCAUUCUACGUUCACAGACUUAUGUUCGGCGUUGGCAACGCGCCAUGGUACUUUCAGAAAUUUAUGGAUGAAAUAUUAUCGCAUAUACUUGGUGCUGCGGCGUUUUAUGACGAUGUCAAAGUUCAAGGAGCCACAGCCAAAGAGUUACUUGACAGACUCCGUAUGGUUUUCCAGACAUUCCGUGAACAUGGGUUGAAAUUGAACAAAGAUAAGUGUCAGUUCAAUUUGAAAUCAAUUACUUACCUUGGUUUCGUUAUUGAUGCAAACGGAAUUCGAAAAACGCCAGAGAAAAUCGAAACCAUCGUUAAAUGCGAUUAUCCGAAGAAUAUUGAGCAGCUACGUAGUUUUAUUGGUCUCAUCAAUUACUAUGGCCGUUUUAUUCCGAAUAUGGCCGAUAUUCUCGCUCCAAUGUACCAAUUAAUGCAGAAAGAUGUUCAAUUCGUUUGGAAUAACCAAUGUCAAGCAGCUUUCGUUCGAUUAAAACAAGAAAUGACCGAAGAUCGUAUCCUAGUGCCAUAUGACCCUAAAUUACCUCUCGUUUUAGCUGCUGAUGCGUCAUCAUAUGGUCUAGGCGCCUGUUUAUCGCAUAUUUUACCAGGCAAUGAAGAAAAGCCAAUUGCUUUUUGCAGUCGUACGUUAUCGAAAGCUGAACGUGGUUAUAGCCAACUGCACAAAGAAGCUACAGCUAUUUACUGGGCUGUAAAAAAGUUCUUCGUUUACCUUUUUGGUCGCAAAUUUAUUCUACAUACCGACCAUAAACCGCUGACUGCGAUCUUUCAUCCCAACAAAAACUUACCUGAUUUAACUGCAGCCAGAUUACUUCGUUAUGCUUGUUUUCUAUCGAAUUUCGACUACGAUAUACAGUACCGAAGAAGUGAAAAGCACAGCAAUGCCGAUUUUCCUUCUCGUUUUCCACUACCGAUUCCCAGUAACGAGAAAACCGAUGCAGCUAGUUCAGUUUUACUGCUAGAGCAGAUCAGCAUUUUACCAGUUACACGAGCUGAAAUUGUUUCAGAAACGGCUAAAGAUCCAGCGCUAAUUCCUGUUCUCAAUGGCUUACGUUCGAAUUCCGGCCUUGAGAAAACCUGCUUCGCUGGCCAAGAAGCUGAAUUUUCGAUUGAAUCCGAUUGUAUUUUCCGAGGUUGUCGAGUCGUUGUACCUAAAGCUCUACAGCAACGAGUUCUUCAGGAAUUACAUACGGCACACAUCGGUUCUACUAAAAUGAAAAACCUCGCUCGUAAUUACGUUUAUUGGUCCGGUAUUGAUCGAGACAUCGAAAAUAUUACAACUCAAUGUUCCGGUUGUUCUCAAGUUAGAAAUAAUCCUCCUAAAAUCGAUCGUCAUCCCUGGUUGUAUCCAGAAAUAUCGUGGUAUCGUCUUCAUUUAGAUUACGCUGGUCCAUUUCUCAGUAACUACUUUCUACUUGUCGUCGAUGCAUACAGCAAAUGGGUAGAAAUUUUUGUAAUGAGUUCGAUAACAACUUCUAAGACGAUAUCCUUUCUUCAAGAUCUGUAUACUCGAUUUGGUCUUCCGGUUAUGAUUGUCACCGAUAACGGUCCUCAAUGGACGAGUGAAGAAUUCAAAAUGUUCAACUCUUCAAACGGUAUUAUCCAUAAAUUCGCUGCUCCUUACCAUCCUGCAAGUAAUGGGCAGGUUGAACGUUACGUGCAAGUCCUAAAAAACAGCUUAAAAGCUAGCUUGUUCGAUAGCAGUCAAAGUUCAUCAAUUACGGAAAGAGUGAAUCUGCUACUCAUUCAGCUACGCAGAACUACUCACAGCCUGACUGGCAAAACUCCGGCUGAGUUGUUAUUACGCCACAGUUAUCGGACCAAGUUAGAUUUGCUUAUCGAUCCUCAUACGAAACGUAUCCGUUCGGAUCAAAUUCAACAAAUCGAGAAUACCAAACUUCGUGACAUCAAACCUGGAGAUCCAGUUAAUUAUCGAGUUUACAACGAUACGAAACGUAAAUGGGCAACUGGCCUAGUUAUUUCGAAAGGUCCAUUAAAUGCUGUGAUACGUGGUGAGAAUGGCGAAACUCACAGGAGACAUCUCGAUCAAAUGGUAUCAGCUCCUCAUGCCGAACCUUCUUCUGCAGGGGAAGGUACUAGCGAUCAACAACAAGCAACUACGUCGACCAGCAGCGAACAGCAGCCUUCGCAGCCUUCAACUUCUCCAACUCAACCUGAACCUCCGAAACCUCCUUCUACCGACACUGAGCUCCGUCGAUCAAGCCGAUCUCGGAAAAUUCCAUCUAGAUUGGAUAUUUAG